GGUGGGGGGGAGAGGGUGAGCUUUUUUUUGUUAGUUUUUUUAAGGCCGUAUCAUCUGCGGAGGGGGUGAGAACAGCAGGCUGGGAAAAGCAAUGAGCAGCAGCUAGCUCUCAGGGGACGUGAGUUCGGGCAGUCUGCCUGGCACCGGGGUUUGGGAGCACCCGACCUGCACCCGCAGGUUUUAAGCACCACAGAAUCUUAGAGUGAUUUGACUGGAAGGGACUUUUACGGACCCCCUCGUUCCAGCCCCCUUGCAGGGACACCGUCCGCUAGACCAGGUUGUCCCAAGCCCCGUCCAACCCGACCCUGAACACUUCCAGAGAUGGGGCAUCUACAGCUUCUGUGGCAGCCCCCUGAGCCCUUUCUAACAAAACCAGACGUGCUCGACCCCCGGAAGGGCCAGGCUGGGGACUGCUGCCCGCCCGGACAGGCAGCACUGCUCGUACCGUAGUUUGGAGGAGCCAGGAUGGCUCUGAGGAGCUCCUAGUGCCUCCAGGGAUGAUAGUGGCGCUCACCUAAACUCAAAACUUAUUUUUGGCUACAGUCUCGGUGAUCCCGGGGCCGACGGCAGCCGCGCGUGUGCAGACGUCGAUAACGAGUGGGCUCCAGGCAGCGGCUUGCAAAAUAGUUUCACUUUAACCCUGUUAUCCAACGUCCGUAUCAGUAGUUUUCCAAAUCACUCCCUUUAGGGAAUGAAAGCAUUUACGCGCGGCUUGUGGCAGGAGGGUUUGAUGGUGGUGGGAAUGAGAUGAAAAUUGAGCUGGUUGUGUUUGCUGGGUGGUGGCUUUUGGUGUUUGUCUUGACGUUUGAGGAAGGUCUCUGUAGCCUGUUGCGAGUUCUGGGAGACCGGAGGCAAAACCCUUCUUAGUCACCAUUUCCGAAACAGCAACGUGCAAUCCCUGCUAAGGAAACUGUUCACCCUCGGUGUCAGGUUUCAUCCAGUUUUUUUUUUUUUUUUUUAGAUCUGCAGGUGCAAGCAGGGAAAGUAGGUGCCACUCGUGUGACAGCAUACCAUGUCUCUUCUGGGUGGAUCAGGGAGCUUGCAGGCUUUAACAAAAAUUAGCCUCUCCCUGCCUGAACCACAGCUGUCACUGCAAUGGAAAGUUGGUAUAAAGCUGACAUAAAGCCAAUAAGAGACAGAAAUGGUUGUUUAAAAAUGUGAUUCCUGCUUUGCACUUCUUAGCAUCAACCAAACGAAGUGCAGUCUCAUUUGCGUUAAGGAAAUGGGAGUGGCUGUAGGUCAGUUGAUUUCAUGUCACCUCCACAAGUCCUGAAUUGCAGCUGGCCACAGAGCACACCAGUGUUGAAGUAAUCCAGAAAUACUUGGGGCGCAUCCCACAGGUCAGUUGCCCCAGAGCUGCUACUGCUCUCAUCGUGGAUGCAGGGAGCACCUAAAAGCAGCCCCACUCCUGCCUUAGGUGGCGUGUCAGCUGAGAGGAGCAGGUUGAGCUUCGUUAGGUUGGAGGGAAUUCAUGAAGACAUAAGAGCCUGUUGAGGGUUGGGCCUGAAGAACUUAACUAGAAAACUGACUUCUGGCUCUCUCUCCCCUCUGCCAUGGUGACACAGCAUAGCAGUUUCCAGUAAACUGGUGCUUUUCUGCAAACUCUACCUACAUCCUCAGUUGCUGUGGUUGCUCUGCAGCCCACAGGAUGUGGACAAGCUAGCAUUGCCAAGGCAACCCCCUCUGUUUUGGUUUCCCCACACACAGGCUGGCAGCCUUUACCCCUCCAGCUCAGCCAGGCAAGCCCUGCAUGCCAACGGUUUGUGGUGCCAUUGCAAGCCAUCCCUCAAAAGGACCUUGUUUUCCACCCACAGCCUCCCAUAACUCCAGAGGAGUGGCAGAUGCUCCCCACCCUUGCAAACCAGCUCUUUCGAAGCCAGGAUGGAUUAAAGAGCUUCGCGUUGGAUGCACAGUGUUGAUUAAAACUUACACAAGUGGCAUAAAGCCCUGCUGUGCAGGGCUGCCAUCAGUUGUAGCCAUCCAUCCCUGGCCACAGGAGUUCCCAGACAAGCUUCCAUGUCAGCUUUUCCCUGGCUCUGUCAGCACUGGCUGCCCAAAAACAAAGAGCACAUUGAGCAGGAUGCUACACAGCCUUCCCUGUGCCUCCCUGAGACACAGCCCUGUCUCCCACUACCUCCCUGGCCCUACUUUUUGGUCCCAUAUCUUGACCCAAAAACCAGCUGACCUCCCACUGGCAGCUCCACAUACUUGCAGCAAGUGGUUCACACCCAUCCUGGACCACAGCAUGUAAGCUGCUCUCCAUGUUCAUCCCCUCUCUAAGGGGAGAUGUCACACCAAAUUGAGCAGCAGCAUGGAUUUUUCUAAAUGCAGCUCCUCGUGGUGCACUCAGGUUUUUAGCUGACAAUGGAUGGUGUUGAGUGACCCCUCUGCCCUUGGAGUUGCUGUCUCCAAACACAUCAGUUUUUCUGCUUUCCCCUCUCCCCCAUUUUUUUAAUAUGAAACUGAAAAAAAGCAGCAUUUAGCACACAGACAUCCCUUCAUCUACAAAACAAAAACCAAUGCACACACCAUAAGGGAAAGGCAUCUGAAAAACAGCUGCAUGGCCAUGCUGGAAGACGGCCCUGGGAUUUGGGUGCUGCUUGGUCAGGGCAGGGGCAGGCACCAUCCAAGGACUCUUGUGGAUCCCACUAGCUGCUUACAGGAGCUGAGCAUAUCUCAAGGUGCCUUUCAAGUUGAGGGAGCAGCACAGGCAGCCUACUCAGGAGCUGACAUGCAGCAGAAGAUCAGCUCUUUCUUUAAUUCCAUCUUGGAGCUCAUCCGUACCAAGCACGAGGAAGGCAUUUUCAACACCAUCUGCCUGGCUGUGCUGUUGGGUCUACCCUUCGUUGUCCUCAUUGCUUUCAUUUUCAUCUGUUGCCACUGCUGCUUCUGCAGACGGAGGAAAGAAAGCACAAGGAAAGGUGGCUCCAGCAGCAAUGGGCAGCUGCAUGCUGAGAGGAACAAGAAGAAAAAGAAGAAGAAGCAGGAUGAAGAGGACCUGUGGAUCUCAGCUCAGCCCAAGCUGCUCUUGCUGGACAAGAGACCCUCCUUGCCCAUCUAGCAGACAGGAGGGUGUUCAGGUCCUCUCCCCUGAGAUGCCACCGUUCUUUUCACCUGUGCACCAGGAGGGGUGGGGAGAUACCAAAGCUGCUGCCACUUUGUGGUGAUUUUCAACAGAGGCUGAGUCCAGCAUGUUAAAGGGCCGACAGAAAACAAGGCGGUCAUGUACAGGUUGUGCAAGCCUCUUUUCCCCCACCAUAACAGCGUGCCCUGGGGCAGAGACCCCUGCAAAGGACAGGUGAGAACACAAGGGUGACCUGCCACCGGGUUCUACGUACCUCCUGCCAUGAGCACAGUGCACACAUAUGGGGCUGGUACACAGCAAAGGGGGUGCGAGGCUCUCCUUCACUCACCUGCGAGCACACGUGCUGUGGCACAGACAAAGGUGCACAGGACAGCAGUCACCUGAAGACCAAGCCACCUGCACACUCCCCCUGCAUAACACAGACAGCUGUGAGUAAAGCAGGCACAGACCCACCUUGUUUGCUUGCCGUGCAUGGAGAUGGCACAGCUUCACUGUCUAGGCUCCGUCCAAAUCCAACUCCCUUUGGAGACACAAAGAAAGCUCAAAAUGUGUCAUCUCCCAAGCUACCAAACCAAAGUCACUUGGCUAAAGUGACUGAAGCUAGAUGCCCUCAGCCCAACGUUGGAGACCUCAGACACCGUCCUAAGGCAGCACAGCAGAAGAACGCACCUUACCGUGCAGGCUAGAGGCAGGAAGGAGAGAGGAGGCUGCCAAACCAGCCCUUUUGCACCAGCACUUAGGAAAACACAUUGCUUGAAAGACUGUUUCAUACAAACUUGCCAUUAAAGAGCCCACCAUGCUACUGCAAGAGCAGAAACACAACCUGAGGUUGUGUAAGAGCUUUGCUACAGGCAUUAGAGUUAUUUAUUGAAUGAAGAAGAGCAGGACCAGAGGCCCCCUGGAGUGGGGCCAUGCACAUGGAAAGCAGCACUGAAGCAGCAGGCAUGGUUUCCUGGCACACUCAGCCAUCACCUCUCCCUGCAGCCCUUGUGCUGUGUGUCAGACACAAACAAACCCAUAAGCAAGUGCUACCCCAGCUGAUGCCAGCUGACAGGACCACACACAGCUCUCACUCCUGCUCUGUUUCCCACCUGCCCUGCCCUGGCUUGUGUUUCCAUCCUAUGUCCCUUGAGCUGGGGGGGUCUCUUCUGCUCCCCAUUCUGCCCCACUAGGUUCUGUCUCCCCCAUCUCUUUUAGCAUUGAGGAAUGCAUGUGUGUGAUGAGAAGCCUCAUCACAUCCAGGUUUUUGCCUUGUCUGUACACUGGAUGUCUUUUCUUCCUUCCAUUUUCUUCCAGUUCUUAAGCUGCUGGAGCAGACCAGAGCUGCCAGCCAGAGACAGACCUCUGGGGAGUAAGCAGCCAGAGCCAGGUGGGCAAGCCUGGACAGAGCUGCUGGGCACAGGUGCUUCCAGCCCAGGCAGGGGUGAUGCCACCUUCCCCUCACUUGAAGGACAAAGCCACUGGCUGGAAGCAGCUGCUUGUGCUGCCCGGUUCCAGCACAGCCUGUUUUGUCCAAUGCAGGCAGAGCUAUGAUGGACGCAUCAUCCCACAGGAUCUCGCUGUGCUGGAACAGCCGUGAGGCUGGGCUCCUCCUCACAUAGCCCUUUAAAUUGACCCCAUAUGUGCCUUAUUUUCCAGUUUGCUUUGUCACAAUUGAAAUUAGUGACUCCCUUCUGCUCCAAAACAGGAAGCAACGUAUAAUGGUAUAAAAAUUCAGAUUUGCCACAUACUGUGCUAGGAAACACAGACAUAGCUCUGAUCUCUAUCCCAAGCUCCCAGUCUAGCCCAGAUCUUGGAGAACUAGCACUGCACUUGUAUUCUUUCUUCAUUCCUUCCUUUACCCAUCCAGAUACUUUUCUCAGCCCUUCUGCCUCCACACUCACGGGGUGGCCAAAGGAGCCCAUGCAGGUGCUGUGAUCCAGAGGCAUGAACAGCCCUGGAGGCAGGGUGGUGCUGCUUGGAGGAACCAAAAAAAUACCAGAGUAAAGGGAACACGAUGGGAGGCCACAGGCUCAGUCAAACUAGCAGGGGCACAGAGCAAGUGAGGACCGUCAGAGUACAGCCUACCUGGUGUGGAGGUGCCAGGAUUUGUAGGGCUUCCUGCAGGAAGGCUUUUCUACAGAAAGCAUAGCAAGUAACUCUUAAGGUGAGGGCAAACAAUUCCUGCAAGAACCAGAGAACUGCCAGGAAAAUGUGAGCAUUCUAUCACACACAUCUCCAGAUCCAGGCUUUGGGGAGUUCAGAGCUAGGUUUGAAUUUCAAGAGCUCCCCAAAAUCAUCAUUCAAACCACCCUUGGGCUGGGCAGGGAGGGACCAGGAUACAACCCUGCCCUGAUGAUCCAACCAGUGGAUGGUUCAAAGCCUCUGCACUCCCUAAAGCAUGAGGGCUGGCUUCCACUGCUUCUGUUGCUUGAGCUGAGCCGUGCACUGAAUCGGCUGCUUCUGGAGGAAAAAGCAAAAGAGCAGCAACAGCCUGAGGUGCAGUAGAACCUGUUACACACCAGCUGAGCAGCAGCAACCCUGCAGCAUUCACAUUACCAAGGGGGCGGAGAUGCACAGUACAGAAAAUCCACUGCACGGUCCCUGCUCUGCAGACACCUCAGCCCUGCCUCCCACAACUGCAUUUCAGUAUCAACCUUCCAUUUUCCUAAACAAGUCCGUGCAACAGGGAACAAAAUUAAUUUUGUGCAAUCUUUUUUAAAACCAAAAAUAAAUGACUCUUGAACUGCAAACAAACACUGUAUCUCAAUCUCUUGUUCAUUUGCUUUCUUUUACUUGUGUCGUGGCCCUA